AUGUCAGAUGAUAAACGUUUGAAAGAAUUCCAGGAGCAAAACAAAAUUGUAUUCGAUCCAAGCACAAGGUCUGUAUGGGAGAACCAAGACAAAGAUUCUGGCAUCGGUAAUAUGAUAAAUGCUCCACGUGAACGGGACGAAUCGAAGAGCAUAAUUGAUGGAGAUAAUGGUGCAACGUCGGGAAUUGUACCUACUUUGCAAAAUAUUGUUGCGACUGUGAAUUUGGAUUGUCGGUUAGAUCUAAAGACUGUAGCGUUACAUGCACGGAAUGCAGAAUAUAAUCCUAAGCGGUUUGCUGCUGUUAUUAUGCGUAUUAGGGAACCAAAGACAACAGCCUUGAUUUUUGCGUCCGGUAAGAUGGUUGUGACUGGUGCUAAGAGCGAGGAUGAUUCCAAAUUGGCUAGUCGGAAGUACGCUAGGAUUAUCCAGAAAAUUGGGUUUAGUGCCAAGUUCACAGAUUUCAAGAUUCAGAAUAUUGUGGGGUCCUGUGAUGUCAAGUUUCCUAUUCGUCUUGAAGGUUUGGCUUUUAGCCAUGGUACUUUCUCAUCUUAUGAGCCUGAGUUGUUUCCCGGGUUAAUUUAUAGAAUGGUUAAACCGAAGAUUGUGUUGUUGAUAUUUGUUUCUGGAAAGAUUGUGUUGACUGGUGCCAAGCAGAGGGAAGAAAUUUACCAAGCGUUUGAAGCUAUAUAUCCAGUGCUAAGUGAAUUUCGAAAGUUGUAA